UUGAAAAAUUGGAUUCAGAUCGAGAAAACUGGCCUUCGCGAAUUACGACGGACGCUACUAAAUGGACUUUCUGAAGACCUCGAAUCUCAGCCGUUGAAUAACAAUGUGCGCUCCACUCUUAUCGGAAUCGGGAAUUUCCUAUUUUACUCGCGAGGAAAGUUCGCGGAAGAGCUGGUCCCUCUACUCAUUAAGACACUGGCGAUUCUUCCACAAAUGAAGUGGGUCGAUGAUGGCCUACUCAAUAAAAAGGACAAGGAGCUAUCCUCUACAAGAGCAAUUUGA